AUGGAAAAAAUUGGUGAUGUUCCGUACAAAACCAUCGAAGAUGUGGAAAAGGAAAAGCAACCAACUGCUUCGGAAGAAAGCAUUGCACAAAUCAAGGAUUCGGAACAACCUGCAACCGACAAAGAAUGCUCUCCGGAGGUGGGACAAAGCUCAACAAAAAACGAACCUUCCUGUAGUAAAGAACCCGACGAGGAAGAUGAAGCAAAACUGCAAGAAAAACUCCAAACACUCAAGGGCGAUCGAAUCGGCGAAACGAUGUACUCGGAACGAUUUGUCCUUUCGACCAUCCUGAAGCUUUCCAAGCAAGGCACCCGUCUGCUGGAGGAGGACGAAGAGUUCGAACAUGAUCUUUGCAAUCUCUGGGACAUGACGAUUGAACCGGACGUGGUGCGAUUCCUGCUCGAACAGGAUGUGAUCGAACUGUUUCUGGCUUUAGCGUCCGCUUCGGAGGACUAUCGUUUAAUCGAGAUCCUGUUCGGAAUCAUCGGUAAUAUGUGUUGUGUGGAGGAGAUGCACGAUUUGUUCUAUCGGCAGAGUAAUUUGCUGGUAGCAUUGUGUGACUUUCUCUCGAUUACCGAUGCACCAGUAUUGGUGCAACUGAUGCGAACCCUAACCACGCUGUUCGAUCGAUCGGACGAUGAACGAUACCAUUGGUUUGGUGUGAUGAAGAAGGUGGACAAUUUGACGGAAAAACUUGCACUCAUCCUUGCGACCAGCACGAACAGAGCAUUGCUAGAGCACACGGCCGAAACGGUGAACGCAAUGAUCAAUCGGUUUACCGAGGCAGAAGUGGACUAUGCACAGCUUAACGAAUUCUAUCGUCUGUUUGCCAAAAGCUGCCUACUCGAAGGGCUUUUCGAAGCAUUUAAGCAACUGUUUCCCUUCCCUGCUCUUCGAGAACAGACAGGAGGCAAUGCAUUCGACGAAGAAACACUAACACAGAAGGACAUUAAAACGAUGCGUCGUUUUUUGGAAAUUCACGAACAUUUUAUCCUGAACGCGAACGAGCUAUACGAAGCGUACGUAAGCGAGGUGGAUCAGUGCGUGCACCGUGUGCUUGCAUCGUUUGUAAGCGAGUGUGUACUGUUUCCGGUGACGAAAAAUCAUAUCUGCAUCUUUGUAUCCAUCAGUAACAUUUACAGUGGCAUUAUGUACCACUUUCGGGCGGAAUCUUUCGUUUAUAUGGUAAAGAUUUAUGAUCAGUUGGCAGAUGCGCUCAGAAACCCACCAGCACAAGACCAACCGGAUGCCUCGGGAAGAUCGACCGAGAAUGGUACUACAGCCGCCAUGGAGGACGACGAAGACGCCGAGGCAACAGAUGAUGGUGGCGAGUUUGAUGUAGAGACGGCGUGUGCCGAGGUGCGAGAAGCAAUAUUUUUCCUCGUUGGACCAAUCGAUGAACAAAUUAUCCGGGCGGCCAUACAGAUGGGACAGCUGAAGGAGUCCACCUUUGAGCAGAUGUGUCGUGAGUUGCGAAUUACGAUGGACGGAGAGCCGUUGCUGUAUCAGACAUGUGCCAAGCUAAUGAGCGCAGUGAAAGGCCCUACUGGAGAAGAGUUUGACGUCCCCAUGUUGGCAAAUAACCAUGCAGCUGAGUAG